CGGCGCAGGGUUCUGAGUAGCAAUAAAAAAUUGCAUGUUUUUGGCGCAAAUAAACAAUAAAAUUUUACAUCUUUUGUUUGGAAGCCAUAAAAUUUGUAACAAAUUUAAUAAAUAAAAAAACAUGCCAGAGGUAGAAUUAACAGCAGAAGAAAUUAAAAGGCGUAAUUUGCCAUGGAUUGAAAAAUAUCGACCGGUAAAAUUUGAUGAAAUUGUAGGCAAUGAAGAUACUGUGGCUCGUUUAUCGGUAUUUGCUACUCAGGGUAAUGCUCCAAAUAUUAUAAUAGCGGGUCCACCUGGUGUGGGCAAAACUACAACUAUACAAUGUUUGGCUAGAAUAUUACUUGGUGACAGCUAUAAAGAGGCAGUUCUAGAAUUAAACGCCUCCAACGAACGUGGUAUUGAUGUAGUGCGUAAUAAAAUCAAAAUGUUUGCCCAACAAAAAGUCACACUACCUCGUGGACGUCAUAAGAUUGUUAUUUUGGAUGAGGCCGACAGUAUGACUGAGGGUGCUCAACAGGCUUUAAGGCGUACUAUGGAAAUUUACAGCAAUACUACCCGCUUUGCUCUAGCCUGCAAUACUAGUGAAAAGAUUAUAGAGCCUAUACAGUCGCGUUGUGCCAUGUUACGUUUUACCAAACUAUCAGAUGCUCAGGUUUUGGCCAAGUUACUGGAAGUUUGUCAACGUGAAAAUCUUGAAUACGAUGAAGAAGGACUUGAGGCCAUAGUUUUUACAGCACAGGGUGAUAUGCGUCAAGGUUUGAAUAAUUUGCAGUCAACAGCCCAAGGUUUCGGAAAAAUUACCGGGCCAAAUGUUUUCAAAGUAUGUGAUGAACCGCAUCCCAUGCUUAUACAGGAUAUGUUGCAGCAUUGUGCUCAAAAUGAUAUACACAAAGCCUAUAAGAUAUUGGCUAAAUUAUGGCGCUUUGGUUAUGCUGCCGAGGAUAUUAUCGGCAACAUAUUUCGUGUUUGCAAACGUUUGAAUGUCGAUGAACAUAUGAAGUUGAAUUUUAUACGGGAAAUCGGUGUGACACACAUGAAAGUGGUUGAUGGAUUGAAUUCUUUGCUACAAUUAACUAGCUUAUUAGCUAGGCUAUGUGAAAUUGCAGAUGCUCAGUAAAUAAGUAUAUAUAUUUUUAGCGUUAUAGUUAUUUUUAUUAAAUAAAACAUAUUGUUUAAAAAAA